GUCUAAGUGUGUUACAUGCAUCUUUAUAGGAAACGCUGGCGCUGUCGUAACAAUGGCUAUGGUGUGUUGCGGUCCGAGGGUCUACUCCCGUUCCCUUGCGCGGGCGCUCGCGGUGAUCGCGGGCUUUUUCGAACGUACCCCUGUCCUCUACGCGCAGAAUCCAGGCGCAACCCUGUCGGAUCCGACGUAUCAGGUGAAAAAGUACCAGCGCGUGGUCAUAUCGUCCGGGUACAGAAAAACGAGGAAAGCGCAGUCUUCCCCUCGCUGCUUGCCGUUUCGGUCAUUCAAGAAGUUCAAAAGUUUUUCGAUCGAUGAGUUUUUUAUUGUCAUCUCCGUUACAAUCAAGGAGGAUAUCUGCCAAUAAGCCAGUACUUUUGUGCCGGAUACGACCGACGGCGGGCGGAUGGGCUGGCGGGAAACGCAGUACCCCGCCUGGGGCCAGGGUGACUACUACGACCAGCUGAAGCUUAACUACCGGUAUCGCAACGUUAAUAUCGGAAAGUAGGGCCGGAGAAAGCACGGGGUUUCAAAGGAACUCGACUUUUUUGUCCCCCCCUUGCAUGCGUCAUGCAGCCGUUAUGCCAUGAUGCCUUGAAAGCCGCGCAUCGGCGCGCCUUUCCAUGGUGUCAGCCUUGUUAUCCGACUCGGUUUAUAAUCGUGGCCCCGUCACGAUGACCCGAAGGGCGUGUGCUGGUUCUGGCGGAAUGAAGACGCACCUUGUACUGUACAGGAUAAUAAUGAACAAUUGAACCCUCCGUGCUCUCUCGCCAUACGUCUGAAGUGAAAAACAUUUUCUACGUGACGGAGCUUCGCGUGGACCCGUGCCGAUUGUUCCUGCGAACCGGAGCGAAGGGCGACAUGUGCUGCCGCGAUAUGAAUCACUUCGGUUGCCUACCUCAGGGAAAAAAAGCUAGCAUGAUGUUUCUCAUGAUGUUUCUUUCAUGCAACGCAGAUGCAGAAACAAGUGCGGGUUGCACAGCCUAGGCAAUAAAACCAGCCACAGACGAGCCCCUCCAGAAAUAUCAGUAUUGACACAUUCGAUGCAUUUUCUCUGGGAUAAAACCAGGACCACCCGGACGACAUCGUCGGCGGAGCGGAUUUGCAGGUGGCCUACUUCUAUCAAGUGCAAAUGUUGAAAUGCACUAGUUUGUGGGUCUGGAAAUAACUUGUCAUGCUAUCGCAUGGAAGAUGGCAAGGAGACCACGUGGUCAACAUGCAGACGUGCAAGAGAAGUUUCGACCCGACGGCUAGGCAUUGGCAGUCAUCCCCACUGUGGCAGUUCGCGUUUUUGCAACAUAACGACGAAGAAGCCGCAGACGGUAGUCGUGUUCCGCAACAUGCAUCACAGAACCAUGCGCCGUCCACUUUGUAGUGGGCGAAACUACAAACAAUAUACGUGUCUGUUGAGAAAAUUCCCCGACCUCCUUCUAGAAGUUCGCAUAUGUGCAAUGCAUAGGGUCCAAAACGCGCACAUACCUUCCUGCGCGGGCACGACCUUCGAGAAGGAUCCGAACUGCGGGUCAACGCUGGAGAUUCAUCGCAAGGACCGCGCUUCCCCGGUGAUUGUGGACGUCAGAAUAGACAACGACAUGCCGUCCGGGUUUCAAACGACCUACCUUCCCACCUACAUGAACGGAAAGAGCGUAUAGUGUAAUAUCCAAAUGGUUUUGGAAGGUGUGGUGUGUGAGUUUUAAAUACUUAAGUUCAUAGCUACGCCGUAACAAAAAAGUAGUGCACCAUGUCGUCUAUAGGAACUUGUAAAAUAAUAACGCAGCUCUGCGUGGGCGAUUACGAAGUGUGGUUUGUGGUCCGCACCCGAGCGGGACCGUUUGUGGAGGCCAGGAAAGAUGUAUCACGUGUGACCGUGCCGCGUUGGUCGUCGUGCUCUGCCAGCAUGCGUGCGCUGCGGCAGAGAGAAACGUUUUUUGCGGCAGACGGAAACAAGUGUGGUUUCAUGUCAAGGAAUAUUUUUUUCUGUAAUUAAUUCAUUGUUCUCGUUGUACCACUGUCACCAAAUUUGCAUCAUGCUUGCCAUAGCAGAAGUAGAGGCCAGCUGCUGCGCUUCUUCCCCGAGGGCGCGAGACCAAGGCGCUGUUGCAACCGUUUAUAAGAUUUCCGUGUGCGAUAUGACAAGAAAAAUAAAUCCCGCCCCGGGACGAGCUGCAACGACACGGCACCGUCAAAAGAGGAUCUAGUGAGGCUGGUACCGUGUGAAGAAGUACAAGACCACCACUUCUUGCGCACUCCAAACACGAGACAGAUUUGUGGUUUUUGCUGCACGGAAAGUUUAGCGUUUUGUCUUUGUGUUGUACCUUCACCCAACUAGUAGUCAACACUACUACAGAGUAGGAUAGUUCCACCCUUUUAAAACCGACUACGGGGUGUCAACCUGCUCCCGGGGUAUAUUUUUUUUCUUUUGAUCUGCGAUCGCCAACCUGCCGCGAGCCGACGCAGGACGAUAUUCAGGCGGUGGAAGAAGAAGUGGGUGACGCCGUCGGGGUGAUCAUCGGGGGCCGCAGUCUGGAUAUCCAAAAACCUGUUUCAACAGCACUGUAAACUUGUUCUUCAAUUUGCGCAAAAAAAUGUUACGAAUUUGCAUGUAGCCAGAACCAAUGCUGCGCUUGUAGUACUUACUAGAAAUAGUCUAAAAGCCUUUUUUAGCUUCAGUCUCUUUUUCCGAAAGGUUGACAAAGGAAACCACGGAUGGCCGGUGGUUUUUCCGUAGACGUGAAGAGCUGCAAGAUGCAGGGUCGCAGUGCAGUAAUUUUUGCUUCGGCCAUACAGGAGGGGUCGGACAACGGAAAGAACCAGACGGCGCCGGGGAGAACACAGGUACCUAUAUCAAAUGUAAAAAUGUCUGGGUCUGGAAGAAUGCAACUUGUCAUGCUGCAUUUGGAUUCCAGAAAAAUCUGUAUUUCAUGAGUACCAAAAGGAAUGCAAUUUUGGCUACGCGCGCGGAGAGGGCAUUUGUCAUGCGGAAUAGGCAUCAAGAAGCUCCGAAAAAAGCUGUGAUGCUAGGGCAUGCAUCACAGACAUCAGGGCUCAUGCAAAACGUGCAUGACAAGUGCCGGAAUGUUCCAGACCCAGACAUUUUUACAGUUGAUAACCUACAUCGACUAACCAUUGUGUUUUUUGUUAGCUACUAAGUCGUGAGCAAAAACUGUGCCUAGACUGCGCAUGAUUAUUUUUAAAUCCCUCUCCACUACAUGGUGAAAGAUUUCUGUCGUGGCUCGCAUGAUGGGUGCGUUGAGCCGGCACAGAUAGUGACCUCGAGCAGUAUGUCGUUCAUCCUCUCGUGAAAACUCCACACAACCAGGCUUCGUCUCGUACGGCGUCGCGAGCACUAAUCGAGGAAGCCAACAGAACUAUCCGGGGUGACAACACGGAAGAAGCUUCAUAUCUUUGUUUGCAAAAAUAGACACUUUCGAUGCCACACGAGCAUUGGCACAACACACUGAAGUUGUACCAGAGGGCAACAUACCGGGUUUUCAUGUGAAAUUUGCUUUGCGCAUUGAUAUAAUGAAACAAAAGCGGAAAUAAACAUCCAAUACGCAAGAGAUUCUUGUCCCCCGUGAUACGGCGAGCGCGGGAAAACCGGGCACAGGGCGGCGUGCAGGGAAGUCCGGAGUGGAAGGAGCGGCUACGGAAGAUGCAGGAAAAAGAGAACUUGAACCGACGGAACCUGCCUAUCCCGUGCAAAAGUAUAAUCGCACUCGUAGCGCAUCAAUUUAGAGACGUGCGGGACACCAGAUUGGGUUUUUUUGAUGCAUGAAUCUGCCAAGACAAUUUCAUUGGGAUCAUUAAUUUGUCAUGCAAUUUGCACUACUACGAUGCAAUACAACUAUUGCAAUGCAUACUUCUACCCUCGGACCAGAAGCUGCGGGAUGAGGCCGACGAGAGGAAGCGCCGGUACGAAGAAAGUAUCAAACCGAUAUGUGCACCAGCUGCGUCACCCCCAGAGGCGCGGAAACUCGUUUUUCUCAUGCAUAUUAAGUUGUUCAGAUUCAAUUCAAAAUCAAAACACAAUUUGCAUGAAAUGACCACCAGUAGUCUCGCUGAUCCGGGCUCUCGAAGUGCGAAGUAUGAUUUCCUUUACACAGCAAGACAAGUCCUGCGCUUGCUGAGCGACGUUUUUGCAACUACACAGAUCUAUUUCAUCGCUAUUCUGCGGCGCAAACCUGUGGUGCUGGUGAUGCAUGUAAUGCGGCAAAUUCUUCCAGAUUGAAAAGCUUUUGUACUAGACAAACACUUCCUUUUCCUACAUCUUCGGGGGAACCAGGAGUUGCACUUUUCAGGUUGAUAGGGAGGCAGCGGCGGUUAGGGGAAAUCGAUGUUGGCGAUGACUCUAGCGAGGAAGACGAUUUUUUGUGAUCACUCUGUAAAACAUUACAUCAGAGUGCGAGAAAAGAAGUUGUUGUCAGAGGGAGACUCGCUCUACUCACACACCAAUUUGAUCUCGUCCAAACAUAUAUAAUCAGUACUACAUAACCGCGCAGUUCACUUUGACAUAUAAAUAUCGCGCAUGCUGAUAGAAAGAAUAAGCACGCACACUUCUCAU